ACGUUCGCGAUUUGACAGAAACUGAGUCGUGAUCAUCCGGUAGAGCCGUGGGUGGUAGCCUUCCUUAUUUACCUUUCCCUUCUUGAGAUUAUUGUCGUGCCAGCUUGUUGAGUGGAUACAUGGACGGCUAUUUUUUGCUGUUUAAGGGCUAACGACUGUCGUUUGCUUCUCGGCGUGUGUUUGAACGAAAAACGGGCCUGGAUAUUGGGGAUUUCCGUUGCUCGUUUGGCCGAACGAGAGAGAGAGAGAGAGAGCGCGUCGUUUUCCCAGGCUAAGCUAACACUAGCACGUCGUAACGGGUGGGGGUGGAUUUCUUCAUUUUAGCUCAUCGGAAAGCGAAUUUAAAUGCCGUCUCAGGGGUACGGUGUGGAACAGUGACAACCGCAGGUAGCAGAUGAAAUGGAGCGUAAGCUUCUUGGAGGGGAAGAAAUGUCAGCGGAUGAGCAUCGGUCAGAAGAUCAAUAAAGAGGUGUAAAGUAGUUCAGUUGAGCAAAGAUAGUCUGUUAGCUAAUUUACUCAAGGAAGUUGUCUAGCCACUUUGCUAGUUCGGCGACAAAUGUAUUACUAGACUAAGGUUCGUCUCAAAGCCUGAGUUAUAAAUAGCUAGAGAUUCACACACCGGGUCAGCGAUGCUAAAGUUUAGAAACUGACGAAUUGGUACGGGCAUUUUACCAAAACGCUAUGGUUAGUUAAGAGGAGAGCUUGUUGUAAACAAAGGGUCCCAAGCUCCACCUGUCCACUGCAGCGUUACACCUCUAUUUAUUAUCGACUUGAUUGUUUCACGAACAUCGCUACCUGUUUUUUUAUUUAUUUAUUGGAGAGUGAAACCAACUGUAAGAAAUGGAUUUAAAGACAGCAGUAUUUAACGCAGCCAGGGACGGCAAGCUUCGGCUGCUUCAGAAAUUGUUGGAGAACAAAGAUGGACACGAGGUGACCAAGUUGAUGGGAGAGAAGACAAACGGGGCCACCCCGCUCCUGAUGGCCGCCCGGUACGGCCACCUGGACCUGGUGGAGUAUCUGCUGGAGUGCUGUAGCGCGCCUGUUGAGGUUGGUGGGUCGGUGAACUUUGACGGGGAAACAAUUGAGGGAGCACCCCCUCUUUGGGCCGCCUCGGCGGCGGGUCACCUGAAGGUGGUCCAGUCCCUGCUGGGCCACGGGGCUUCUGUCAACAGCACGACCCUGACCAACUCAACUCCCCUGAGAGCAGCCUGCUUUGAUGGCCACCUGGACAUUGUGAAAUACCUGGUGGAGCACAAAGCUGACCUGGAGGUGGCCAACAGACACGGUCACACGUGUCUCAUGAUUUCAUGCUACAAGGGACACAAGGAGAUAGCGCAGUACCUGCUGGAGAAAGGCGCGGAUGUCAACAGGAAAAGUGUAAAGGGGAACACGGCGCUUCAUGACUGUGCAGAGUCAGGCAGUCUGGAGAUCAUGCGGAUGUUGCUCCAGUAUGGAGCUACCAUGGAACAGGAUGGCUAUGGCAUGACCCCCCUUCUUUCUGCCAGCGUCACAGGCCACACUAACAUCGUAGACUACCUGACAACGUACCAGCAGACAAGCCACAUGGAACGUAUAGAUGCACUAGAACUCUUGGGAGCCACAUUUGUGGACAAAAAGAGAGAUCUGCUCGGAGCUUUAAAAUACUGGAAGAGAGCCAUGGACCUCAGGUACAUGGACAGUAACAACAUUGUCCAUAAACCGGAACCCAAGCAGCUGAUUAUGGCAUAUGACUAUACCAGAGAGGUAACAAAUGGAGAAGAACUGGAUGGGCUGAUAUCUGACCCGGAUGAGAUGCGCAUGCAAGCUUUGCUCAUUCGUGAGAGAAUCCUUGGCCCACAACAUCCUGACACUUCUUACUAUAUUCGUUACCGAGGUGCCGUUUACGCUGACUCUGGGAACUUUGAGCGCUGCAUCAAUCUGUGGAAGUAUGCAUUGGACAUGCAGCAGAGCAACCUGGACCCCCUCAGCCCAAUGACUGCCUCCAGCUUGCUGUCGUUCGCUGAGCUCUUCUCGUUCAUGCUGCAGGACAGGGCCAAGGGGCUCCUGGGGACAUCUGUGUCAUUUGAGGAUUUGAUGGGGAUCCUGUCCAAGAGUGUCUUGGAGGUUGAGCGGGCGAUUAAACAAACUGGACUGAUUCCUCCUGACCCUGCCCAGCUUAGCAAGGCCCUGUCAAUCAUCUUGCACCUUGUAUGUCUUCUAGAGAAGGUGCCAUGUACUGCAGAGCAGGACCACUUCAAGAAGGAAACCAUCUAUAGAUUCCUGAAGCUCCAGCCAUGUGGUAAGAACGGCUACAGUCCACUACACCUGGCGGUUGACCGCAACACUACCUGUGUAGGUCGCUAUCCUGUCUGCAAGUUCCCCUCCCUCACAGUCGCUUCCAUCCUUCUUGAGUGUGGGGCAGAUGUUAACAGUCGAGAUGAAGAUGACAACAGCCCCCUCCACAUAGCUGCAUCAAAUGGUCACCCUGACAUCAUGAAUCUACUGAUUUCCUGCGGGACUCACUUCGACAGCACCAACGCCUUCCAACAAACAGCCUGCGACCUCUUGGACGAGAAGGAGCUUGCAAGAAAUGUCAUCCAGCCCAUAAACCACACCACACUGCAGUGCCUCGCCGCCAGAGCUAUCAUCAAACACAGCCUCAAGUACCAGGGAAACAUCCCAGAGAAACUAGAAGCCUUUGUCUUGCUCCACAGAUAAUGAUCGCGGAGGAGUCAGGGGGAAUGACUGAAUAAAUACAGGAGGGGGUGUGAUUACUCUGAGUGGACUGGGCACACUGUGGAGCAUCGUAGUUCAAUGCCUAACCCACAUGGUGUUUGAAGAGCUGAAAGAUAGUUUGGAGAGUAUGAACUUGAAGAUCUGUGUGCACAAAAAUGUCCUCUUGCAACCAGGAUGAACUGAAAAAUGAGUGGAGUAAAAGGAGCAAUGAAUGACCAUUUUCUUCAUGCGUUUGCUCUUUGAUGGAGCUACUGCUGGUCACAGCCAGAUCUGUGGGGAAGUAUAAAGAGAGCGGACUGCAACAUGGACAAACACAGCUGGAACUCUAGAUGAAGUAAGCACGGGGUUUACAUAUUUUUUGCUUUAGGUUUUUUUUUUUGCAUAUUCCAUAAUGCUAUUUAUUGAAUGAGACUUGAGAGAUUUUUCUCCAACCCAGCCUCAGCUUUUUCCUGUUUCUCAAAGCAAGGGAUGAGGCAUUUCUACUUCUGCUGGGACUUCAGAUUAGAUUUUGUUUGUCCUGUCACUGUUGCCAAUUGUCAUGGACCCUUCCUCAGUCAUCAUAAGGUUUUGUUUUUUUUUUCUACUCUUACAAUACAUUUAGUUAUUGACAUGCAAGUCUGGAUCUGCUAAGCGGUGGGGAUUCGAGACUCCUUUUGUCCUUCCCUGUUUAGUGUAUAACAAAGCUUUACAUGAAGGGUUUAUAAUGUGCGAUCACCAUAAGUGCUUUAUUCUUCCUAUGCACAGGCUAGGCUGUUGGAAAGAGAGACUGUUGUAUUCUGUGCCGGCACUUGUCUGUGCAAUAUCUCAUGAGUUUUUGUGUUUACCUCACUGCUGCCAUUUCCUUCAACAUCCCCCUACUUCACUUUAGGAUGGUAGGGGGUGCAAAACCAUCAUAGUGAUUGUUGUAAGUAUGAAUGAAUUUGAGUGUUUGUGUAAAGGAGUGAGUGCGAGUGCCACAUGUUGUUUUCUUGUAUGCAGAGUGUUUUUGAGCUUACGUAAAUGAUUGAGGACAAGAGUUUGGAGUGGCACUCAUGGAGAUUCCGUAACGCGCAUGACUGCCACUAGAAACUACAACCGCUGGAGUGCGCAGAAGUGACCUCUUAAUGUUCAUAUAUGAGUGACCUUUAAACAUCAAUGUUCUUUCAUAAUCUUUAUCAAAAAGUAAAGUCUGGGUAGGUUAACAUUGGCCCACUGUGCAUGUGCAACCUCAGCAUAUCAGCCAACCUAUCACUGCAGAAAAUCUUUCAUGAGAACUCCUAGACUAAGUUAUACUACAGCUAGGAUAGCUGUGCGUGUUUUAUACAACUGUCAUCUAACUGUAUGAGAACCGAAGACACAAAAGUGUGGGAGGAUGCCUCAAUGUACAGAACAGUUGAGGCUUUGUGAGAUAUCAUGUUUGCACAUUAGCUUUAGAUGUGUGGGUUGGAAAAAAAAGGGCUUGACGUUAUUCAUAAGAUUUCAUACUGCAGUCUGUUUUAACCUGACAACUCUAAACCAGACAUAGAAAAUGUAUGAAGACUCCCAGGGCAACUUGAUUUGAAUCUGCACUUUACUACAGUGGAUUUAACAUUUGAUAUAGUGUUUAAUCAAGUUCAUGUCUUAAUAACCAGUUUGACAAUAAACCCAUGUUGCACUUGU